AGCAACUGCUUAGGCUCCUGCUGUAGAACACACCUUUCAAGCCAAAACAAAAGGAAACGAAGACAACGCACUUUGAGACCAUUGAGGACGAUGACUUAUCUACACAAGAGGGUCUUCUAGAACGUUUGAUACGGAAGCAUGCUAGCGCGCCGUGCCUCUGUUUUUUUGCGGGGGGUUGGCGGACGUCGUCUGCAUGCCUCGCGGUGCUUUUCCACCACCGCCGUGUUCCACUCCGUGCAAGGCCACACCAUCUCCCCAAACUACGAGGUGGUGGGCGAUCCUACCAGCCCAGUCGAGGUGCGGGUGUGGAAGAAAGGAGUGGAAGUGGAGCGAACGGCACACGAGCAGCUGCUGCGCAUUGCGCACAUGGACCCCCACAUUAUCCCCGCGCCGGUCGCCGUGAUGCCGGAUGUGCACGCGGGCAUCGGCUGCACCGUCGGCCUCGUCCUGCCCACCGUGCGCGCCAUCAUCCCUGCCAGCGUCGGCGUGGACAUUGGGUGCGGCAUGAUCGCGAUGGAGACGUCUCUCACUGCGAACGACCUGCCCAGCUCAUUGGAGGAUCUUCGCCUUGCGUUUGAACUUCGUGUGCCGCACGGCCGCACCCAUGGCGGCAGGAGCGCUGCCGACGCCGGCGGAUGGAGGGGCGAGGUGCCCCCCAACGUGCAGAAGGUGUGGAGGGACCACCUGGCCUGCGACUUUGAGGAGCUCUGCCGGCGCUACGGUGUGCUGGAGAAGACGAACCACUUGAAUCACCUUGGCACCCUUGGCACGGGCAACCACUUUAUUGAGAUCUGCCUGGACGAGCAGCAGCCGUCUCCGCACGUAUGGGUGAUGCUGCACUCCGGGUCGCGGGGGGUGGGCAACCGAAUCGGCGCCGUCUUUAUCGAGCUGGCGAAGAAAGACGUCGGCGCGCAGCUGAGCCGCCUGCCCGAUGAGGACUUGGCGUAUCUGCGCGAAGGGACGAAGCACUUUGACGACUACAUCUUUGCCGUAGACUGGGCGCAGCGGUUUGCGUGGUGGAACCGGCAGGUGAUGCUGGACGCCGUGGUGGACGCGAUGCGGGAGUGCAUUCCCGUGCCCUUCGCCACCAUCAAAGCAGCUGUGAACUGCCACCACAACUACGUGGAGAAGAUGCAAAUUGUGGUCCCCCCUUCGGCUUUGCCAUCAAGAGAGAGGGCGGAUGGUGUAGCGCGGUGUGGUGAAGGGCGGUUGCAAGAUGUGUGGCUCACACGCAAAGGCGCCACCUCUGCGCGGCUGGGCGAACUCGCCGUCAUUCCUGGCUCUAUGGGAGCUCGCAGCUACAUUGUGCGCGGCAAGGGCAGCACGGCGAGCUACUGCUCCUGCUCCCACGGCGCAGGGCGUCGCUACAGCCGUGGCGAGGCGCGCCGCCGCUUCACGGUUGCCGACCACGAGAUCGCCACGUCUGGGAUUGAGUGUCGCAAGGAUGGCAGCGUGUUGGAUGAGACCCCCGCGGCGUACAAGGACAUCGACGCCGUGAUAGCGGCCCAGCAAGAUCUCGUGGAAGUUGUGGCGGUCCUGCGACAGGUUUUGUGCGUGAAGGGGUGA